AUGAAAUGCUGCUGUGGUUCUGUGGAGUGUAUCUUUCUGAGACACAACUGUUCUGUCCUUGCUAGCGUCGAGAAGGAUGUCCACACAGCUGCACGAAUGGGUCAGGCGCUGCUCGCUCGCCACGAAGCUUAUAUGGCUGAUGCUGAGCGGGAUCGCAGCGAGCUCACGUCCCGGAUCGACCAGCUAGAAGUCGAUAACAAGGAGUUGGAGGCGAAAAAUGCGAGAACGAUCGAGGAGAAUAGGAACCUGCUAGAUCAGCUCGAAUCUCUCAACACCACCGUUGUCGACUCGGAUGGCCGCAUCAGAUCGCUGGAAGCCACUCUACUUUCUUCACAACAGACGGUUCGUCGGUUAGAGGGCGAGACUGCGCGGGCCGCCGCCCUAGAACGUCAACUAUUAGCUUUAGAACAGGAACAAGCCGAGCUGCAGAGCCACCUAUCCCUAUCUCGCGAAGAGGCCCGAUCUGCCGUAUCAAGAUGGAAACGUGCCGAGCGAGGCAUCAACGACCUGCAGGAGCAACUCGAACGGAUGGAGAAGGAAGCAAAAGAAGAGAGGGAAUACCAUGUCGAGAUGAUGGGUCGCAUAGAAAGGCAGCGUGAAAUGGAGAAAGAAUUGAAUACCGCCGCCGGUCGAUUGAAAGGAGCAGCCGCCGCUAAAUCGCUAGAUCGUUCACCAGGAGGGAGUAAUGCCGUGUCGCACUUUGUGCGCGACCUGCUUCAGGACAAUGCAAACCUUCAGUAUGGUAUUGCCGAACUGAGGGAGAUGCUGAUGAACUCCAACGAUGAAAUACAGGCCUUGCAAAACCAACUCAUGUAUCACCAACCAUUGGGAGAAGGCCAAGUCGAUAAUGCAGUGUCAACGUUAAGUGCUGAACUUGAGUCCGAAAAGGAUUCGCCGGAGCAGAAAUCUCCUAAAACCCCCAAGGAACUCCAUAUCCAUCAUCAUUACCAUUUACCGAAAUCCAAGCAAGAAGCAAAGAAGCCACGAAAGAAAAGACAAGGGCUUAACACCGGAAUAUUUACGCCGCCUGGUAGUUCAUUGCCUAGUACACCCCCAGACGGGUUUGCGCGGCCGCGGCUAGGGUCGCAUGCUCAUAGGGAUUCCCUUCUUUCUAAUUGUUGGUCUUCGUAUUCGGAGCAACCUUCCGACUUUGCACCUUCAUCAGUCCCGAGCUCGCCCUUAUCAAAUCAUCGAAAUUCACUAUUUGAUCAUACACUGGAGUCGUUUCCUGGCUCCCCCACAACUAGUAUCGAUCCAACGUCACCAACGUGGCAUGCCACUCAUCAUAAGCAACUCUCGAAUAUGUCUUCGCGGGGGUUUCAAAUGUCAUCAACUUCAGCUUUUGUGCAAACUACUUUAACACAAACCCAUCCGAUUAUUGAAGAGUCUGAUGAUGAUGAGCCUCCGGAUCUAACUUCGAUAACUGAUGAAUCUACGGAUGCAAUCUCUUCUGAAUACCCGGAUGCCGUCAAUGACGAAGUUUCGGUAGCCGAUGAUGAAAGUGAUCAUCGGAUGCCGUUGGUUCGUUUACGUAGGGCGUUGUCUCAUGAAUCCGUCAUUUCGCUUUCUGGUGGCCUCGAUAUCCACACUUUGAAGACGAGGCCUAGCCAACUCACUAUUCGCCAAAUAGGUUCCGCCAAUUCUGUGACGGGCAGUAGCACUGUUACAGCACGGCCCAUGUUAUCACGCGACAAUGCAAAAAGAAGUAGUGUUUUACUACGUGAAAGUUAUGCCUCAUCGCCAGUAGGCAGCUUGCAAUCCAUUUCGGACUCAUCCGUCCGAGGCCUCGGACCAUCGUCGCUUAGUAGAUGGGUUGGCUGGCGGCCAUGGGGUAAUGGUGGUGGUGGCGGCGCGAGUAGUUCUAACGCUAGUAGCACUUCCACCAGAACGGUCAAAGAGAAAGAUAGCCAGAAGCAAUCCAAUCGACCACCGGGCAUCAAUCAACCUGGUGUGAUACCGGGGUUCACAGAAUAUAUAGCUGCGGCGCAACAUAGAGUACCACCUGCCAAAAUCCGACCUGAUAACGUGGACCGCGAUGCCUUGAAGGAUGGCCUCGGCGAAUGA